CCGAUCGGAAUGCCACGGCUUGCUAUCCAAUCCUCCACCAACCAUCCUAGGAACGAUAUCCACCAAAGCCUUUUUGUGUUUGCGCCAUUUGCAAGUCUUUGCAUCGUUGAAUUUCCACUCCUAAGAGCAACUUCCGACGCAUCAUUCCCCCUUUUAGGACCCUAUACAUCUGACCGAACACCACGAUGCUGUCGCGAAACUCUACCAGAGCCGCUCAGCGCCUGGCGCGGACCGCUGCCCGCCAACAAUCCCACAUUCAAAAUGCUAGCCGAUCCUUUGCGACAGUUCAGUCAGACAUUUUCAAGCCUACGAAGUAUGGUGGCAAGUACACUGUUACCCUCAUUCCCGGUGAUGGUAUCGGUGCCGAGGUAGCGGAGAGCGUCAAGACUGUUUUCAAGGCCGAUAGCGUGCCCAUCGAUUGGGAGCAAGUCGACGUCUCGGGUGUGGAAAGUGGUUCGCCCGGCAGCCUCGAGGACAUGUUCCGGGAGUCGGUUGCGUCUCUGAAGAGGAACAAACUCGCAUUGAAGGGUAUCCUGCACACGCCCAUCAGUAGAUCGGGACACCAGAGCUUCAACGUCGCCAUGCGACAAGAACUCGACAUCUACGCCUCCAUCUCCCUCAUCAAGAACAUCCCCGGCUACAACACCCGCCACAAGGACGUCGACCUAUGCAUCAUCCGAGAGAACACCGAAGGAGAGUACAGCGGUCUCGAGCACCAGAGCGUACCGGGCGUCGUCGAGUCCCUCAAGAUCAUCACCCGCGCCAAGUCGGAGCGCAUCGCCAAGUUUGCCUUCUCCUUCGCGCUGGCCAACAACCGCAAGAAGGUCACCUGUAUCCACAAGGCCAACAUCAUGAAGCUGGCCGACGGUCUCUUCCGAAGCACCUUCCAGAAGACCGCCGCCGAGUACCCCACGCUCGAGACCAACGACAUGAUCGUCGACAACGCUAGCAUGCAGUGCGUCUCGAGACCUCAGCAAUUCGACGUCAUGGUCAUGCCCAACCUGUACGGUGGUAUCCUAUCCAACAUCGGCGCUGCUCUCGUCGGUGGUCCCGGUAUCGUUCCUGGCUGCAACAUGGGUCGCGAUGUUGCCGUCUUCGAGCCCGGUUGCCGACACGUCGGUCUUGACAUCAAGGGCAAGGACCAAGCCAACCCUACUGCUCUUCUCCUUUCCGGAUCCAUGCUGCUCCGUCAUCUCGGCCUAGACGAGCAUGCUAACCGCAUCUCCAAGGCCGUUUAUGGCGUGAUCUCCGAAGGCAAGUACCGCACCCGCGAUAUGGGCGGCGACUCCACCACGCACGAAUUCACCCGAGCCAUCCUCGACAAGAUGGAGACCUUGUAAUCAGACCCUCUCGCCCGCAACCUUUUAUUAAACCCGACCCCGAGACCACGGCCCGCUUCCUACGUGUUACUCUGAUAGAUACCUAGAGGGAAUGGAGGAAAGAUAGCAUGACUACAUGGAGUCACGGAAGGCGAAGUUAGGAGGGGGUUCCUAGACGUGUGUACUGUACGUAGAAUGGGAUACUUUGUAUGCUUGCAUCGCGUAAAUUUCAUCAAAUUUUCUAAAAG